AUGAUGGGAUUAACAUACUUCAUGUUGAAUCAAUCAAAAAAAGAUGCUGAAUAUUGCACGGAAAACACCUUCAGCACUUAUGUAGUAUGCCGCCUGGACAUCAAUGCCUCAUGGUGGAUUGAAAUGUUAAAAUCAAGUGGUCAAUAUAAAGAGGGUGCUGAUGUAUACUUUUGUAUCUCUGAUGAGGAACCUCUUCAUUCAGCUGUGAUGCUUGUUCCAAUUAUGUUAAGAAAUGGGAUUAGGUUUGGGCAAUUUUAG